AUGAAGGUUAUCGAUCGAGAGACAAACGAAAAAGGAAGUAGGAGUCUUGGGGAUGACGUUAUGAUGACUAGCAAUGACUCUGAGGCUAUCAGGAACGAUGGUAUGGAAACUAGUGAGGCUGAAAGCUUCUCUCCAGAAAAGCCUUUAGAUACGGAAGAGCUGUCACUAAGGCACACCAAGCAUUCUUUCUUUGAUUCUCACCUAAAAGCUACCAGGGCAGAUCUUGGUAAAAAAGCAAUCAUAACACUGAUCAUUUUGCUACUAUUCAUGUUUUCCGUGUUCUCCAUUUAUUGGGGUUCGAUGUAUGAACGAAAUACAAGAUUGGUGAACCUGCAAUUUGCUGUGAUCUUGGAAGAUGACACAGAAAACAAUUACAUCAGCAAUUUGGUCAACGAAACUGUUCAUUCUGGAAAUUUUCCUCGGCUAGCUACCUGGAAUGUUUUUACGCAUGAACAAUACUUGAAUGGGGAAGAUGGAGAUGCAUACGAGAAGUUGGAAACCGAUAUUUAUCAUGAAAAUUAUUGGGCUGGAAUUUAUGUUAACAACACUGCAACAAGCCAGUUGAUCGCCGCUUACCAAAACGGAGAUUCAUCUUUCAACACCACUGCAACACUACUGUUUACCAUAUACGAAACUGGAAGAGAUUUGACAGGAAUCUCCCAAUAUGUGUUGCCAACUUUGUUGAGAUUACAGGAGGAGGUGACAAUUCGAACCGCAGAGGCUGUCAACAGACCUAUUGUAGAAAACCACAUCUCAAACGUUACGCAACAGGAAGCUCUGAUUGAGUCUGGUUUGCUCUUCAAACAGCUGAGCUUCAACACGAUUGAUAGAAGACCAUCGUCGUCAUCUGUUAUUCAAGCACCACAACAAGUCGGUCUCAUUUUCAUGAUCAUAAUCACAUUUUUCCAGUUUGCAUUCUUCGGUCCAGUUCAUGGUGCAGCUGCACAAGUUUUGAAACCUUCACACUAUCUCGUAUACCGAGCCAUAUUCUCUCAGGUGGUUUAUCUGUUUUUGAGUCUGGCCUACUCUUUGAUUACGAGAGCCUUCCAAGUCGACCUAAACAAAGCAUUCAGCGGGGGAUUGGGAGUCUAUUGGAUGUGCAAUUAUUUGACCAUGGCUGCUGUUGGUGGUGCCAAUGAGAAUGUGGCUAUUAUCGCAACAGCGUUUUUCCCACCAUUGAUGGCUAUCUGGCUGAUGACUUGGGUGAUUUUGAACAUUUCAGCUACUUUUUCACCAAUUAUUUUGUGUCCUGGUGUCUUCAAGAUCACUUACGCACUUCCCGUUUACAACUCAUACUCUAUUGCCAGAGUAGUUUUGUUCAACACCUGGAAGGGCAACCUUGGAAAACACUUUGGUAUUUUAGUUGCCUGGAUAGUUGUGAACAAUGUCAUUCUCCCAUUAGUAUUGACAGCAGCUGGAAAGAAAAUGAAGAAGAAUUCACCAGCAACCAAUUGA